UAGCUCAACAGGAUGUGGUUUUAUGGUCACUGUAGAAUACACAUGGGUCCUCUCAUGUCGGUAGUGAAGCAACGAGGUGAAGCAACUACUCUUCUGAUCAAAGCUGAGAAGUCAUGUCAGGAGCAGAGAAUGUCCAAGACUCUGUUGGAGCUCACAACAGUUCUCAGGAUCAAGUGACUCUCUCUCAGCCUCCAAUAGAUAGAUCCAUGGCCAUAGCUUCUCUCGGUCCAAUAAACCCCUUACCUACAGACAAAUCAUCUGAUCCUGAAGAACAACAAAUAGAGCUCUCAUACAUUAAUGAAAUUGAUUCAAAACAAGACGAAAUAGCCACUGAAAUUGUGCCUGUAAAUGAUCCGAAAUUAAAGAAAGUUCGUCAGCGAUUAUGGACGACAGUGCUAUCAGCGAUUGUUGCUUGCAUACCAUUCCUGCUGGUUGGCUGCACACUGGGUUUUCCAUCAGGAGCUCUAUUGGACCUCACCGAUCUCGAAGAGAGACUAGAGUAUAAGCUGACCAGGGAACAAGCCGAUCUGUUUGGGGCUCUGGGCUACAUUGGAGCCGUAUUUGGAGGACCCAUAGCUGGAUGGAUAUCGGACAGAAUGGGACGAAAGCCAGCCUUGAUGUUGGUCAGUAUUCCUUACCUCAUUGGCUACUUGAUGAUUACCUAUGCUCGAUUUGCUAGCGAUCCAGUGGUAUUCAAAACCAUCCUUUUGAUUGGACGCUUCUUCAGUGGUGUUGGACUGGGAUGGUCCUCCCUUGCCGUCGUGGUGUACGUUGUGGAGAUUGCCCCGAGCAAGCAACGAGGGAUGAUUGGCUCGAUAAUACAGCUGUUUCUCGUGCUCGGAAUACUAACUGUUUACACUCUUAGCUCCUUUGACAAUAUUCGUUACUAUGACACCUCGCUUAUACUGGUUGCCUUUAUACUGUUGUUCACUGUCUCAAUGGUGUUCUUCUGUGAAACUCCAAGAUGGCUGUUUGCUCAUGGACUGAAGAAGAGAGGAAUUGCUGUCAUUAAGUUCCUACGGGGACCAAAGUAUGACUUUAAAGAAGAGCUGGAAAUGAUUCAAGUUAGCAUCAAGCACAAAAAGAAAUUAGUGGGAGUCAAGCACCUUUUAAAAGAGUUCAGCAAAUGGGAUAUUUUGAUUCCACAAGGUCUAGUGCUGUUGCUUGUCUUUUUUAGAGUAUGUAGUGGUUUGGAGUCGAUCAAUGCUUUCUCAGCGACUAUUCUGCGUGAGGCUGGAGUGCAACAGUUCAGGGAGGUGUCAGUGUACGGUACAGCAUGUGCAAGGCUUGUGACUAACUUUACUGUUGUCUUCAUAGCUGAUCUACUUGGUAGGAAAGUUCUACUGGUGGCUAGUGGUGUCGGAAUGUUCAUCGGGACUACAAUGCUGGGAGUGCAUUUCUAUAUAACAGGACCAUCAUUUUGCGUGCUCGACACAGCUAAUAAUAUGACAUCACUGAAUCAGACGAUGAUGACAUUUCAAGAGGGAUCGUUUUGUAACCCUCACUUUGCACCAUUGGCUAUCGUUUCAUUGGUUGUAUAUAACGUUGGCUUCUCACUAGGAUGGGGUCCCAUUCUCUGGGUAUUGAUUGGAGAGCUACUGCCGUUGAGUGUACGAGGAAUCGGAACUGGGAUUGCUACGUUUGUGACAUGGGGACUCGCUGCUAUUGUCGUGGGCUCGUACUUGAGUUACAGUGCUGCUGUUCAGCCGUGGUUUGUGUGGUGGACUUAUUCAAUUAUCAAUUUUGUAUCAAUCCUUUUUGUCAUAUUUUGCAUUUUUGAGACGAAAGGAAAGAGUUUGGAAGAUAUUCAACAUCGAUAUGAACAAAAAUUUGGUGGCAGAAAAAUGUUAUGCCUCCGUACUGCCUAAACUGACUCAAUCAUUAAUUUUCAUGAAUCAACUUUUUACACAGAAUGUCUCUGUCAAUCAUAAUUAUCAUAUGAUCAUAAUUAUGUGUGUGUGUGUGUGUUUGAGUGUGAUACUCUUAUUUCAUGCCA